UUACAAAAAAAGUCCUCGUAAACCUGAAAACCUUGAAAUGAGGAAUGAGGUAAAAGGAAAAAAUGUCGAGACUCCAUUCGCGCGGCUAAAGACAUUUAACUCUUCCUUCACUCUCUUCCUUAAUAGCUCUUUUAAAAGUUUUAGAAUUAGAAUUUUUUGACUUUAAUUUGGCCAACCUCGGAGAACGCCUAUUCCUGUUCUAACUCAUUUUGUUUUUUUUCUCGUCACCUUUCCCUCCUAUCCAAAUUCAUUCUUAUUCUUUCUCAAUUUCUCUUUUACAAAUCAUUCGGAGCCUCUGUUCCCAAUCAUCUUUUUUAUUCUUUGAUUCAUUUAAUAUUUAAAUAAAAGAAAAUUUAAAUUAAAAAAUGGUUCCUUCUUAUUAUUUUCCAUUGUCAAUUUUACAUUUUUCACAAUUAUUAUUCAUAAUUUAUCUUCCUAUGCAACUUUACUCUCAACAGGCACCGUGGGACUGCUCACAAGCACCGGCUGAUGCGUUCCGUCAAAUAUGUGGAAUGCUCCAGCACUGGGACCAGGGUGCAAGACGCUUCUUGGCCAACGAGCAACAACAGCAGGCAAAUACAGUUGUAAAUGCUCCAGGAGUUCCAGAACAGCCGGAUUUAUCACCUCCUUUACCACAACGUUACUCACCAACGGCCUAUGGAUGUAUGGACCUAGAUUGCUUAUGUCCCUAUUUUCGGGGGAUUCAAGGUCCAAAUGGACAGUGUACAUUGUCUGGAGGCCAACCACUUAGUUUUCAACGAGCACUAAACACACUAAAGGGAAAUGGAGAAUUUGGGCGGUUUAAUGAUCAACACAGACAAGUGAGUACAUCAUCUGGUGCCCAUUCUGGCCCUGGCUUUCUUCCUUUUCAUCGAGAGUUUAUCAAACGCUUUGAAAUUGCACUCCGUCUUAUUGAUCCAUCCAUAUCGCUUCCUUACUGGGAUUCCGUGCUUGACUCACAUCUACCGAGACCAAGCGACUCGAUAUUGUUUUCUCCGUUAUUCUUUGGUGAAACAGAUGAUCAAGGUAACGUCAUAAAUGGGCCUUUUGCUAAUGGUUGGACAACAUUGGAGGGGCGGCCACAUAUUUUGAGGCAAUUAAGUACCGAAGGAAGAAUGCUCAGGGAGACGGACUUGAAUACAGUCUUUGAACAAACACAAAUUGAACAGGCGCAAAUGAUCCGGUCUUUUACUUUCACCGUAAGAAAUAGAAUUUACCUAUAUUUUCAAGCGAAAUCUAAAACCUCGGAGGAAGCACUUAUUUUUAUAUUUUCGGAUUCUUUUGUCGACCUGAUUUGGGAGCUAUGGCGUCAGAUGCGUCAGUCACGUUGGUCUAGAGAGCAAGAGUAUCCACCUGAUCUGAUCCAAUGUUCAAAUCAACAACAUUUUGCUAAUUCACAGAUGAGGCCUUUUGAUCUCACCAAUCGAGAUGGCCUUUCUAACGCUUAUACAGAUUCUCUCUAUAAAUAUGCAAGGAGACCGAGUUGCAGCCAACAAGUGAAGAUUGGCGGACUUUGCACUGGUUUUGACGGCUUUAAUAUCUGCUGGGGUGGAGUUUGUCAAGCAGGUCUUUGUAUACAUGGAUCACCACCUCCACAACAAAUUCGGUUGCCACAAUCAAAUAGUUUGUCCCAUAGUAACGGUCAUUCAUUUGCCGAAACUUUUCAAAAUGCGAUUGGUGUUAAACCCCGUACUCAACAACGUCUUGCUCUACGUCAGCAUCAAACAACUUCUACUGUAAUAAAAGGUCGUUUUAUAAAUGCUACUUCAACCGGAUGUUUCAACGAUGAUCCUUGCUGCUCAGCCUGGGGCCGUUUAGGUGAAUGUGAAGCCAACCCGUCCUUUAUGCUUAAAUAUUGUCGAAGAGCAUGUCGACAAUGCGCACCAGUGGUUGAGUCUAAAGGCGAGUUCUGUUUUUAG